UUAAACAAAUUCAAAAAGAUAUAAUUGUCUCCACUUCACCAUUUUUCCAUAUAUAUCUCAAAAUUUUCUUCCUCUCACCACUUGCCAAUAAGGAAGACGAAAACUUGAAAGUGAAUCAUUCGAUAGUAAAGUUGUGUUUUAAAGGUGGAUCGAGGUGGUUAAUAACUCGAUGACAACUCCAAAGUCUCCCCUUCCUACCCACAAUUCUCCACCCUCCUCCCCUAACCACUCUCCUCCUUCUCGUCCUCGUCGCUCAUGUCCUCCAUGGAAAGGUGCAAAGCUAAUCCCACUAGCUAUAUCGAUAGCAAUAGGCCUGAUAUUUCGUUUCGCGGUCCCAAAACCCAAUAAAGUCACUACAAAUGCAUGGCAACUCUUAGCCAUUUUCCUUGCAACUAUCUCAGGCCUUGUUUUAGGCCCAUUGCCAGUAGGUGCAUGGGCUUUUCUAUGUCUGACAGUUACUGUCGUCACAAAAACCUUAUCAUUUGCUGCGGCGUUUGCUGCGUUCACCAACGAAGUCAUUUGGUUAAUUGUUGUAUCGUUUUUUUUCUCAAGAGGGUUUAUUAAAACUGGACUUGGUGAUAGAAUUGCUUUGUGUUUUGUGAGUUGGCUUGGGAAAAAUACAUUGGGCCUAUCUUAUGGGCUUGCAUUAAGUGAAGCAGCAAUUUCUCCAGCUAUUCCAAGUACUACUGCAAGAGCUGGUGGCAUUUUUUUGCCUAUAAUUAAAUCAUUGGCUGUUACUGCUGAUAGUCACCCAAAAAAUGAUUCUUCUAGGAAGCUUGGAGCUUAUCUUAUUCAAUCUCAAUUGCAGUGUUCUAGUAGUUCAAGUGCCCUGUUCCUAACAGCUGCUGCACAAAAUCUGUUGUGUGUGAAAUUAGCUGAGGGAUUAGGUGUACAAGUAUCAAGUAAAUGGCUGACUUGGCUCAAGGCUUCGUGUAUACCAGCAGUUAUAUCGCUUCUCGUUACUCCAGUCGUACUAUACAAGGUUUUUCCUCCAGAAAUGAAGGAUACACCAGAUGCUCCUUUAAUGGCUCGAAGGAGACUGCAACAGAUGGGGCCAAUGAAAAGCGAUGAAUGGGUGAUGACGAUUGUGAUGCUUGUAACGGUUGGAUUAUGGAUUGCAGGAGAGGCUAUUGGGCUAGCAAGUGUUAUCACAGCAAUGCUGGGAUUGACGCUACUUUUGACAUUCGGAAUACUUGAUUGGAAUGAUUGCUUGAGUGAAAAAUCCGCUUGGGAUACCUUAGCUUGGUUCGGGGUUUUAAUAGGCAUGGCAUCACAGUUAACAACUCUGGGAGUCGUCGCCUGGAUGUCAAGUGCUGUGGGUGACUUCCUCGAAUCUCUUUCACUACAUUGGUUCGGGUCGUUUUGUAUCCUUCAAGCAGCAUAUUUCUUCAUCCAUUACUUGUUUGCUAGUCAAACUGGUCAUGUUGCAGCAUUGUAUUCAGCAUUCCUCGCAAUGUGCUUAGCAGCAAAAGUUCCCGGUCUUUUUGCUGCGUUGGCUUUGGGAUACAACACAAAUCUUUUUGGCGGGUUGACACAUUACAGCAGUGGUCAAGCUGCUGUAUACUACGGAGCUGGUUAUGUGGAACUACGCGAUGUUUUCAAAUUGGGAAUCAUCAUAGCUAUCAUGAAUAUUGUCAUAUGGGCAGUAGCCGGAGCUGGUUGGUGGAAGGUUCUUGGCCUUUACUAAUACUGAAAUAGGAAUUUCUGGAGCAAUAACAAUUCAGGACAGGGUGCAUUUGUCCCAAAAAGCUCUACUUAAAGUUUACUAUCAAUGUUGAAUUUGGCCUCUUAUUGCAUCUCAUUUCCAUCGUGGGAAGGUAGCACCGAAGAAGGGAAAGAACUAGAUGGUGGUUUUUGUUGUUCUCGCGAAGCAAAGAUCAUUCACCAUUAGCUUCAAUCUUUUUUAAGUACGGUUUUGAUUUUGUGCAGUAAGAUAAGUCGGUAAUCAUAGUUUGCACACCCCUAUGUGACACAAAUCAAUCAUUUUUUUAAAUCUCAAAUAAUAUAAUUUGUGUUUUCAUAUA